AAAAGGCGCCCGGAAGGCUCCCGCUGGCGUCUGUAGCCGCGCGCAGCUCCCGCCUGGGUGUCCGCCCGCAGCCAUGCCCGCCGCCGGCUUGGAGCUGCAGCGCCCGCCCUCGCAGGAGCAGCCUGCGGACUCCGGCGCCGACUCGGGUGCGGACUCAGGGGCGCCCGCCGCGCGGGUACCGGAGCCGCGGCCCCUCGGGGAGCGGCAGUACCUGGGGCAGAUCGAGCACAUCCUUCGCUGCGGCGCCAGGAAGGAGGACCGCACCGGCACCGGCACGCUGUCCGUGUUCGGCCUGCAGGCGCGCUACAGCCUGAGAGAUGAGUUUCCUCUGCUGACCACCAAACGUGUAUUCUGGAAGGCUGUUUUGGAGGAGUUGCUGUGGUUUAUCAAGGGAUCCACAAAUGCUAAAGAACUUUCUUCCAAGGGAGUGAAAAUCUGGGAUGCCAAUGGAUCCCGCGACUUUUUGGACAGCCUGGGAUUCUCCACCAGAGAAGAAGGAGACUUGGGCCCGGUUUAUGGCUUUCAGUGGAGGCAUUUUGGGGCAGAAUACCAAGAUAUGAAUUCAGAUUAUUCAGGCCAAGGAGUAGACCAACUGCAGAAGGUGAUUGAUACAAUCAAAACCAAUCCUAAUGACAGAAGAAUCAUCAUGUGUGCUUGGAAUCCAAAAGAUCUUCCUCUGAUGGCACUGCCGCCGUGCCAUGCCCUCUGCCAGUUCUAUGUGGGCAGCGGCGAGCUCUCGUGUCAGCUGUACCAACGGUCGGGGGACAUGGGCCUGGGUGUGCCUUUCAACAUCGCCAGCUAUGCCCUGCUCACCUACAUGAUCGCGCACAUCACAGGCCUGAAGCCAGGUGACUUUGUACAUACUUUGGGAGAUGCGCAUAUUUACCUGAAUCACAUCGAGGCACUGAAAAUUCAGCUUCAGCGAGAACCAAGACCUUUCCCCAAGCUCAAAAUUCUUCGAAAAGUUGAAACAAUCGAUGACUUCAAAGCUGAAGACUUUCAGAUUGAAGGGUACAAUCCUCACCCAACUAUUAAAAUGGAAAUGGCUGUCUAAGGUGCUUUUAAAGGAACUAUUUCAAGGGAGUUGUCAGACUAGGGGUUGGAUGGCAGGUGAAUUCCUUUUGCUGUAAAGGAAAAAGGAAGUAGGUCAAAAACCUGUUGGUUACUUAUUAGUUGUUAUUCACUGUAAAAUGCCUUCCUUUUGAGGAUGUUGCUACAAGCAAAUGUAACUGCAGGUGGUUUUAGUUACAAAAGGCUUUGAGCUUGGUUACAUGUAUGAAAAGGCUAAGAUUAUGAAUAAGGUCAGGAGAGUGAGAAUUUAUAUACUAGUAACAAAAAACAGGUCCAUGCAUUUCAAACGCAUAUUUUUAUAAAGAAGGUCAGUGAAUUUCAAGAAUUAUAUAAACGACUUCCUCAAAUUUUAGGGAGCUGAAUGCUUAAUGGAUAGUGUGCUUAUGAACACUUAGUUACAUUUGUUUGAUACAUUGCUAUAAUAAAGCCAUGUUCCACCCUCAUCAGUGUUUUAUUCUGUAUUGUCCUGUCAGCCCAGUUCCUGCCUAAAAUAAACUACUUUGCCUGUGCAAGAGAAAGUUAAGAUGUAUAACCAUCAUUUUUGGUGCCUAAUUCACAAUAUCAAUCAGUAAUGAGCAUGUAAUAUAACUUUAAAUUGUUAAGUUCUUCAUCCCUUUCCUCUUGUUCACCUGAUGAUGGUUUAAUCCAGGAAGCAAAAAUUCAUUUAAGUCCAGUUGCUUUUUGGAACGAAAAUACAAUGACCAUUUAGGUCAAGAAUUUUUGAAGGGUUAUAGGAAAAAAACAAUCUAUGAAAUAACACUGACCUCAUUGGGUUUCACUGUGGUGUGUUUCCUCUAAUGUGCUGAGCGACUGAAGAGAGGCUAGAGCAUUUUGAGGCUAAUCAGUGAAAUGUUUUACCUUUGUUGUACAUGAGACAUCCGGCAGUGCUGCAGAACUAUUUUUAUUCUGCUAAAAUUUAGGACCAGUGUUAAAUAGAAUAAGGAAUUGUUCCAGCAAACAAUGUCAUAUGUUACUUAUUCUCAAGUACCAUUUAAUGUUUAGGUACAACACUUGAUAGGAAUGUUGAACUAACGUCUUUCUGGAUUUUGGAUUAGGUAAGUUUUAAUUCAUUUAAGAAAUAUAUGAGAAUACAGUUAUUUGCUAAAAGAAUCAGGUAAAAAUGAGCUGAUUGCUGAGGUUACUAUGACUUGUAGUUGAAUUAAUCUUGAUUGAGAGGAUAAGAUUUUUUUCCUCCUUUCAUAAUUUUAAAACUUUUCACUUAAAGAAAAAUUUGUUCUGGUUGAACACUUAAUUUUCUUGAGCAGCAAGGAGUUUCUUCCAGACUUCACCAUCUGGGUAUUGGUAUUCGUUUACAGAUUCCUCCUUCAUUUCUGUUGAAUAGCCAGCGUCCUAUCAAAGACAAAAAUUGAGAAGUGCUUAUAACCACCUGGAACAAUAUCUAUUUGACUUAUUUCUUCUGCUCUUGGAAAUGCUUUUAUAUCUAAGCCAGAGGUAACUGAAUCAAAUAAAAUUUCAGAUAAUUUAAAAUGGAGAGGGGUACACUUUAUGGAAUAUUUAACUAAACUGAAAACUCAUGAUUUCUCCUUUUAGUAACUUAUGCAGAAAAAGUACACAGUUCCAUAUACUCCCUCUCCUCUCCCCCCUCAGUUUUCCCUAUUGUUAACAUAUUGUAUUGUGUGGUACCUUUGUUACAAGUCAUUAAAGAAUGUUACUCUAAUUAUAUAUUAA